CGCCAUGUACACGUCCUUGGCGAUUGCAGCGACGGGGGCGGCGGCCUCUGCUGCAUCUCUUGGUUAUUGGCAGUACCUCAUCUUCAAACUACCGAUCGGGUUCGGUUGCGGCGGUAUAGGAGUAUCAUCGUUCGUCCUGAGCACUGAGCCGCUGGGAGCAAAGUGGCGUGCAUUCCUUGGGAUCGCUACCCAGUAUUGGUGGGCCUCAGGCAUAUGUUUCAUGUCGGGCGUCGCAGCAAUUAUGACGGAGUGGAGAACACUCACUUUCUUCUUCGUUUUCCUGACAGGAAUGUACGCCAUCUUCUCUUCUCCACUUGUGAAGGAGUCGCCGAGAUGGUUACUAAUUUCUGGCGAGGUGGAGAAAGCCCACGCCAUCCUUACAACUUAUGCCAAAGUCAACGAUAAGGCUAUACCUCCUGAAGGCCUGCCUCCAUUGAAGUUGCCCAAUGAAAACAGCAAGACCGCGAGCAUCGGAGAUUUAUUGCCAUUUCCUUCCUUGCGUCGGCGACUCGUCGCAAUGGCUUUCAUUUUCUUUGUCAAUAGCAUGGUGUAUUACGGUCUAUCGCUCAAUGUCGGCUCAUUAGGAGGCUCGAUUUAUUUGAACAAUUUCCUCUCCGGCCUGGUUGAAAUGCCCUCUUACGCCUUCGCUCAAUUUGCGGUUGAAGCGAUGGGAAGGCAGCGAACUUUGGUGCUUUUGCUAGCGAUCGCCGGGAUUGGCUGCCUGAUAAGUGGAUUUGCGCAGGGUACAGCAAAAACCGUUGUCGCUCUCGCAGGUCGCUUCGGUAUCGCAGCAUCAUUCAACAUGAUCUUCUUGUAUACAACGGAAUUGUUUCCAACAGUUGUACGAAGCGCGGCUCUGGGUUUUUGUUCAUUGGUCGCUCGUGUGAGUGGAAUAGCAGCGCCGCAAAUUAUCGCGCUUCAAAUGUUUGAGCCCGCCCUUCCUUUUUUGAUAUUCGGAGGUUUCGCCGUUGCUGCAUGUUUAAUGGCGACAGCAUUGCCUGAGACGAAGGGGGUCAACGUAGAAGAUACGCUCGAAGGCGCAGCAGCGCAAAGCGCGUCAUUGAACGGUGCUACAAAUUUUACAAGGCUUGAAGAAAGUGAAGAGGAAGAAAUGUUACGUGUUUAGCUAUCUCUAGUUAAUAGACACUAUUUCUCAAGGAGAGCGUCCUGCGCGCGC